GAAUAUUUGUGAAAAAUGUUGAGGAAGAGGACCAGAUCACACCAGAAAGAUCAACAAAACAUGGGUCAGGCUCAACAUCUGAUUCCUGAUUCUUAUUCUAAUGAGUCUUGUUAUUCAAAUUCUGAUGCUUUCUUGAAACAGAAACACAAAACCAAUUCCUUUUUCACUGUUCCAGGUCUGUUUGUUGGGCUAAACCCUAAAACCUCAGAAUCUGAUUCAGUUAGAAGCCCCACUUCUCCUUUGGAUUUCAAGGUUUUUUCAAAACCAAACCUUGGGAAUUUGCCAACAAGGGCUUCUAAACAGAAUGAAGCAACUCAAAAGAGUUGGGAUUGUAACAAAGUAGGCUUAAGCAUUAUAGAAUCUCUCGAGGAUGAGAUGAAACCCUCUGCUGGAAAAAUACUUCGCUCAUCGGACAGUAAGAACAUUCUUUUCGCACCCCAAAUGAGAAUUUUGAACAAUCCAAGUUUGAAAACUGCCAGUUUUGAUCCUUUCGACUCACUAUCGAACUCACUCCCUAAGAAUUAUGCAAUUUUCCCUUUUACCCAGAUCAAGAAAUCCAAUCCUAAACUGAUUAAUCCGUUAGCACAAGAACCAUUUGCUAAGUUUUGGUCUCAUUCGUUGGAUUCUGCAAAUCUUGGAGCAAACUUGACCAGUUUAACAACCCGCCCGACCAACCUUAGUACUGGUUUGUCAAAUGGACAGAACCUCGGGAAAGAUUUAGUGGCGUCCCUUUCCGCAAGUGAGAUUGAGCUUUCCGAGGAUUAUACAUGUGUUAGAAAACAUGGGCCUAACCCUAAAACAACUCAUAUCUUUGGUGACUGUAUUUUAGAGCGUCACGAUGAUGAGUUCAUUGCUAAAUCUCCCAAGUGUGAAGAAAAUGAGAUUAAACCCUCUGAAGUCCUGACUUCAUACCUCUCUGAUGAUUUCUUGAGCUUUUGUUACUCUUGCAAGAAGAAGUUGGAGGGGGAAGACAUCUACAUGUACAGAGGUGAGAAAGCAUUUUGCAGUUGGAAUUGCCGGUCAGAGGAGAUUCUGAUCGAGGAAGAGAUGGAGAAAAACAACAGGGAGGCGGGUGCAUCUUCACAAAUUGAGAUUAUCCCCAAACUGGAAAGCUGUGAGGAACUUUUUGAGACCUCCAUGUUCAUCGCUGCAUAAAAGGAGAGAAGAAAAAAAAAAGCUGGUAUUUUUGCAUAUUUGUUAACUGUCCAAUCGACCACUAUGCCUAUGAAGAAUGAAACUCAACGCCAUGACAUAUAAGGGGAAACCACACCAUUGAUUACCCGUUCGAUAAGAGCUGUAUUUCUUGUUUUUUUUGGCAGCCAUGGAUGAUCUUAUUUGAAGUGUGUGGUGUCUCUUUACAUGUUAUUGAAUGUGUUUCAUGUUUCAUGGUCUUAGUGGGGUGAUUGGUAACUGCUAAACCAGCUAGUUUUGUGUCUUUAUUUCCUGCACUAUUUUGACAUUGAUGAUAUCUCUGAGACCUCUUUUUUUAGAGUCUUAAAAUGAGAAUGAAAUGGUAC